UGCUGACGUUCGGCCCAAAAAAUAGGAAACGUAGGUGGAAAAGUUAGAAAAACACGUAAAACACAAGGUAAUAAACGCUAAAACAGUUGCUGCACUCGUCCCCCAUCUGUGUGUGCAACGUGUGUUCACCUGCCACUAAGCAUACAUCGGCCAAUCUCUCUGGGAAACCAUUCGACAACACACCGAAGAUGAUCCUGCAUUCUGGUCCGCCACGGGGCCUGUCCCCGCUGCUGUUGUUGCUCCUGCUGCACACGCUGUUGACACUGGGUGGUGCCUUCUAUUUGCCUGGCCUGGCACCGGUGAACUUUUGCAAGACAACCGAUACGUCCAGCACAUGCAAGUCGGAUGUUAUCUUGUAUGUGAACCGCUUGAAUACUGAGGAAUCGGUCAUACCCUAUGAAUAUCAUCACUUUGAUUUCUGUCUGGGCGAAGAGGAGAACUCACCCGUGGAGAAUCUCGGCCAGGUGGUCUUUGGCGAGCGCAUACGACCGGGUCCAUAUAAAAUUCAGUUUCUGGAGAAUCAAGCAUGCGCUUUGGCCUGCACCAAGGAGUACAAGGGUGGCGAUCCCAUCAGCAAUCGUCGCAUGAUGGUCCUCAAGAAGGGCAUCAGCUUGAACUAUCAGCAUCACUGGAUUGUGGACAAUAUGCCGGUGACCUGGUGCUAUCCGCUGGAGAAUGGCAAACAAUAUUGCGGCACCGGCUUCCCCAUGGGCUGUCUCGUGCGCACCGAUGGCGAGGGUUGUCCCAUCAACUCCAUCUACAACCAGCCCAUGCAUUACUAUCCCUUUAAUCAUGUGGAUCUGGAGAUUACCUAUCACAGCGGACAGCUCGAGGACUGGGGCAUUGGCUUUGGCAACAGUGGCAGGAUUAUCUCCGUGAAGGUUACACCCAAAUCCAUCAAGCACACCGAUCCCAAGUCACUCAAUUGCCUGAGCGCCGAGCCGCUGGCCAUAAGCGAGACUUCCCUGAAGACCGGCGAGCAGCUGAACAUUGUCUACUCGUACAGCGUCAAGUUUGUGAAGAAUGAUGCCAUCAAGUGGUCCUCCCGCUGGGAUUACAUUCUCGAGUCCAUGCCCCACACGAAUAUUCAGUGGUUCUCCAUCCUCAAUUCCCUGGUGAUUGUGCUCUUCCUCAGCGGCAUGGUGGCCAUGAUAAUGCUGCGCACUCUGCACAAGGACAUUGCCAGAUAUAAUCAGAUGGAUAGCGGCGAGGAUGCACAGGAGGAAUUUGGCUGGAAGCUGGUCCAUGGCGAUGUGUUCCGACCGCCACGCAAGGGCAUGCUGCUGUCUGUUUUCCUGGGCUCUGGCAUCCAGGUGCUCGUCAUGUCCAUGAUUACCUUGGCCUUUGCCUGCUUGGGUUUCCUGUCGCCCGCCAAUCGCGGUGCUUUGAUGACCUGCUCCAUGGUUUUGUUUGUGUCGCUGGGCACACCCGCUGGCUAUGUGUCGGCGCGUAUUUACAAGAGUUUUGGCGGUCUCAAGUGGAAGAGUAAUGUUAUACUCACCUCGAUUGUGUGUCCAGGCGUUGUCUUCUCGCUGUUCUUUGUCAUGAAUCUGGUGCUGUGGUUCGAGAACAGCUCGGGCGCUGUGCCCUUUAGCACUUUGGUUGCCCUGCUGGCGCUCUGGUUUGGCGUCUCCGUGCCGCUGACAUUUGUUGGCGCUUACUUUGGUUUCCGCAAGCGCGCCCUGGAGCAUCCUGUGCGCACCAAUCAGAUACCGCGACAAAUACCCGAUCAAUCGAUUUAUACACAGCCCAUACCCGGCAUCGUGAUGGGCGGCGUGCUGCCCUUUGGCUGCAUUUUCAUACAGCUCUUCUUUAUACUGAGCUCCCUGUGGUCCAGCCAGAUGUACUACAUGUUUGGCUUUCUCUUCCUGGUCUUUCUUAUUCUCGUCAUCACGUGCUCGGAGACGACCAUUUUGCUGUGCUACUUCCAUCUAUGUGCCGAGGAUUAUCACUGGUGGUGGCGCUCCUUUCUCACAUCGGGCUUUACGGCUGUCUAUCUAUUUAUUUACUGCUGUCACUACUUCAUCACGAAGCUCUCGAUCAAGGACAGUGCCUCGACGUUCCUGUACUUUGGCUACACGGCCAUUAUGGUCUUUCUUUUCUUCUUGCUCACCGGCACCAUUGGCUUCUUUGCGUGCUUUUGGUUCAUAAGAAAGAUUUACAGUGUGGUGAAGGUGGAUUAAAUGCUGGACACUGGAUGGAGCGGGAGGAUCGAGCGAGAAUUGUGUGCAAGAAAUGUAUUUUUGUAUUUGUUUAGCCACAAAUUUACACUUAAGCCUAA